UCAAUCAGGUGAUGUCACAAUGAGCUUGUUCUAGCCGCCUAGUAUGUGUCAGGUGAGAUGAGUUUCCGAAGACCUCAAAGGAUUUUCCUCGCUUGGGUAGUUAGGCUGGUUACAAGCUGUGGUCAUCUUGCAUGAUGUGUAUCUGUGGUGACAGUGGCGAGCAGCACCUCUCCCUCUUACCCUCUUCCUGGGUCAGACCCCAUCCUCCUCCCUCUCCCUAAAGCUUCCCCUGGACACUGGCCCUCCUAAGCCCCCAAUAUGGCUGACAGGAAGGAGCCACCAUUCUACAAUGAUGACAAUGUGGGAUCCUUCCACUACAAGCUGCCCUUCUACGACACCAUGGAGCUCUUUAUAGAGACCCUGACAGGAACCUGCUUCGAACUGCGCGUCUCACCAUUCGAAACCGUCAUAUCAGUCAAGGCCAAGAUCCAAAGGCUGGAAGGCAUUCCUGUUGCCCAGCAACAUCUGAUCUGGAACAGUCUAGAGCUGGAGGAUGAGUACUGUCUGCAUGACUACAGCAUUGCCGAAGGCUGUACUCUGAAGCUGGUCUUGGCCAUGAGGGGAGGUCCCAUCAACACUAGGAGAGUGGCCAUAGAGGACCCAAGGAAGGAGAUGUCUGACCUGAUGGAUGGGUGCAGGGAGGAGGUCUGGGAGAAGAGCCUGCCCAACAAGCAGGUCACCUUCCUGGUCUACCGUGAGGGGGAUCAGCUCAACUUUUUCCGCGUUGUGGACAGAGGGGAUGGCACUCUGACCCCCGUCUCUGAAUCACUCAGUGGUGGUUCUGUCUGUAAUGUUUAUGGUGAGGAGGAGGAUGAUGGGGAAGGCUCGCUGGCUGGUCAGCAGACCCUGGAGAACUCCAUCACCAUGAACAAAAUGAAGCUGCUCAAAGCCAAGAUGGAGGACAUGAACCUCAACAAGAAGCCCAAGAAGUCUGCUAAAUUGAAACCUCUGCCCCCCGUCGGUCCUCGGCCCUGUAGCGACUCCAUCCCCCUGAACACAAGAAAUCAUCGACUCUUCCACGUUCUUCCCCAAAUCAACCAUUCUCAUCACUCCAACAUGCAGUUACCUCCAAUCAGAGACCACGGAUCCAUAAGCCCCUCUCGUCUUGGUACUGCUGUCCCCUCUGCUCAUUUGUCGAUUACCAGACGUGCCCCGCCUACCUUCACCUCCUCGUCCUGUUACAUGCUUCAGGAGGAGGAGCCAUGGGAUUCAGGUGCCGCCUUUGCUAAGAUCCGUCCCCCACCUAAAGUUUCUCGGUUGGACAUUGGCGGCACCAGGCUCAUGAGGGAUUGUGUGUAUCCACAGUUGCCUGCCCUCUCUACCAGGGGCCAGGCUGACGGAGCUAUGGAGAGCCAUGACGCCAUAGGGAAUGCUCUAGCAGUGGGCUUUGCAGAGGAUGUUGUUGGCCUGAAGGACCCCUUAGUGUCAGGGGACUUGUAUGGCGACCUACUCACAGACCCUUUGAGUCUGGAUGUGUCUACCCCAGAGAGAGGCCAGGGGAGUCUGGAGGGUUUAGGGCCCCUGGACAGAGGGGCUCCUCACCAGCUAGCUUCCACCCCCACGCUGCUUUCUCAGGCAGUGGGCUCUGGAAGUCUAGGUACCUUAGAGCUAGGACCUGCUGAUGGUCUAGCCAGUAGAAGUGAGAGGACCCAGCUAGGCAACACCUUCCAUAUUAGCCCUGCCGCUCCACCCCUCUCCACCACCUCUCCAGCCGUUGCCACUAGACAGUUGCCUCAGCCCUUUGAGUUCACCACCUCCACGCUACUGUGCCCCAGCCCCCCAACACGGUCCAGCACUUGGCUGAAGCCUGACAGCACAACCCCACUCCCCUCCUCUCCUUCACGCACCUCUCAUUUGCAUGGCAUCAAGGUGGACUCUCUGAGCAAAUGUCCAGAGAUGAUCUCCAAGAGUGAUGCUAGGGACAUCACAUUUAUGGCCAACCAGGCCUCUAAAGAACCUCUGGGAUCACUCCGAAAAUCGGAUCUGUUGGCUCUGGCAUCCAGGACUGCGGACAACGGCAGGGAAGCCCUCAGUCAAAGCCUGGGGCUUGGGUUGGGGCUGCCUGCUGUCGGUGCUUCUGGACUGGGCCGAUUGGGCUCCAUGGUCCCCUCCAACAUCCACCUCCUCCAGGAUGAUCUCAUCAGACGUAUGUCUCCCUUGCACAGAGCAGCAGCCUCUUACAUGUCCCCAGCUACUCUUGGAUCAGCUGGUGGAGCUUCCUGCUCAAUAAGGAAAUUAGGCACCCCAUCCUAUCACCUACCUACAGUGAAAGCUCCUUUAGGCGGUAAGAAGAAGAACUUCAAGCACUGCUUUCUCUGUGGGAAGAAGACUGGCCUGGCCAACAGCUACGAGUGCAGUGCUCCUCCUCCAGGUGUGGCAACAAUUUCUGUGCCACCCACCGCUAUGCAGAGACCCAUGACUGCACCUAUGACUACAAGAGCACUGGAAGACGGUUCCUUCAGGAGACAAACCCCAUCAUCAGCGCUCCUAAACUGCCCAAGAUCUAACCCCUCACAAACAGGCCCCCUCACACUGCUUUGGAGGGAAGGAUGAACUGAAUUACAGAUUUAGUGAAUUAACAAUAAUAAUAAAAAAUAAUAAAAGGAAAUGAGCUUUUCACCACUGUGCUUUCUAUCACCAAGUUUGCUGAAAUCAUGUCAACAAGCCAAGUUUGAAUAGGACAGAACAGCACAGGCUAGUAGCUAUUCCCUUUUGACAAUGUGGUUGAUCCGAUUUUCCCUGUUAACUUUCUUACCCCAUAACAACAACAAACAAGUGUGCAUGUAUAUAGGUCUUUUUUUGUUACAUCAUAUGCACGAUAUCAAGCAUUUAUCUAUUUUUUAUUCUGUUUUUUGGGUGUUUUGUUUUCUUAAAAUAGGAUUACAUAUCCAUUCAUGCGACAAGUCUUUGAGAGAUGCACUUUAGAAUUAUUAUAUUUGUAUAUCAAUGUUUGACUUUUUCUCAUGUGGUCUAGGGUCUUGCAUUACCGUGUUUGUCUUUGUAUGAAGUGUUUUUACAUUGUCAGUUAUCUUUUAUUUUAUUGUAUUGAUGUUCAGAGCCACACUCCAUCUCCCUGUUACUAUGGGCACAUACAAAAUGGACAUACACAGCCUUCACUGGAAAGAAUUGUUUUUAAUUUAAAAUGGGGCAAAUACUGUACACUCCUUUUUAGAUGCUUUGAGACCAGGGUUUCCCGCAGCAUUUUUCAGUUAAGGCGGCCGACCAAGCAACACACGCCUGCCGCCUUAACUACGUUUCCCCCCAAAAAAUAUACUGCAAUAUCUGCCGUGUUACUCAGUCCUGUUUUCUCCCUUCAAUUCCAAAACGCCAGUGUCCCUUCUCUGCAGAACGCAUUAGUGUAGCGCACAAACUAGCCCCCCCCCUCCUCCCCCCUGGUCUGACGGCAAACUCCACCCUACCACCUUAACUUAAACUUUUCUGCAGGAAACCCUGGAGACAGAGUAGUUCAUGUUCAGUUUUGACAUAAGUAUGCAAGUGGUAUAAGUAUGUUGGCUGCAUACUUUAAGGAGAUGGAAGAAAGGGCUUCCUUUUUGUCAAUAUGAACUAAAGUGAAUGCCAUUAGAAGUGUUUUGUAAGAUUGAUUUUUCUUUGGUUAAAAGGAAACUGCACCGCUUUAAAGUGCUGUCACAGUGACAAUUGGUGUUUGAUUUAAUAAAUUAAGUUUGGAUCCAUA